CCGCGCCAGCGCAGCCACAUGGCCUCCGGCGUGGGCGCGGCCUUCGAGGAGCUGCCGCACGACGGCACGUGUGACGAGUGCGAGCCCGACGAGGCCCCGGGCGCCGAGCAGGUGUGCCGCGAGUGCGCCUUCUGCUACUGCCCCCGCCACGCCGAGGCGCACCGCCACAGGUUCCCGGGCCACCACCUGGCCCGGUACGUGCACCUGCCCCCCGCCCCCGCCGCCCCCGCCCCCGCCCCCGCCCGGCCCGCGAGCCGCGCCAAGGACGGCGCCGAGGCCCGGGGGCGGAACCACGUGCAGAAUGAGCGGGACCUCGAGAGCGAGUCGGACGAGGACAGCGAGUCCGAAGAGGACAGCGGGACGGACGAGGACAGCGAGGAGGACAGCGAGGAGGACAGCGAGGAGGACAUGGAGGACGAGCAAGACAGCGACGCCGAGGACGACAACGCGGAAGGGGAGUCCGAGGCCGAGGGAGAAACCGAGGCGGAAAGCGAGUUUGACCCCGAGAUAGAGAUGGAGGCGGAGAGAGUGGCCAAGCGGAAGUGUCCGGACCACGGGCUCGACCUGAGCACCUACUGCCAGGAGGAUAGGCAGCUCAUCUGCGUCCUGUGCCCCGUCAUCGGGACCCACCAGGGCCACCAGCUGUCCACCCUGGACGAAGCCUUCGAGGAGCUAAGAAGCAAAGACUCUGGCGGACUGAAGGCGGCUAUGAUAGAGUUGGUGGAAAGGUUAAAGUUCAAGAGCUCAGAUCCAAAAGUAACCCGGGACCAGAUGAAGGUGUUUAUACAGCAGGAAUUUAAGAAAGUUCAGAAAGUGAUUGCUGAUGAGGAGCAAAAGGCCCUUCAUCUAGUGGACAUCCAGGAAGCAAUGGCCACCGCUCAUGUGACUGAGAUACUGGCAGACAUCCAGUCCCACAUGGACAGGUUGAUGACUCAGAUGGCCCAAGCCAAGGAACAACUUGAUACCUCUAAUGAAUCAGCUGAGCCAAAGGCAGAGGGUGACGAGGAAGGACCCAGUGGUGCCAGUGAAGAAGAGGACACAUGAAGGCUUGCCAUCCCCCAUGGAAACUCAUCCCUUCCCCCUGUGUGUAUGUGACAGCGUGUAUGUAGCGGCUUCUGAUUUCUGUGAAAGCUGCCCAGUGACAAACGUACUUCCACCGGAUGCAUCCCGAGAUCCACAGCAGGCACAUAUCUCUCCAAGGGAUGACCAAGUUUAUUGUUACUGACUGUGCUUUUCAUUCUCUUGUCGUGGUAGGUAAGAAAACAUGCCCCUAUGAUCAACCAGGAGCAGUUAAUUAAGCGUCCUUCAGGUAGUCCCUCAAUGGCUGCUUUGAACUUACUCAGGAAAGCCAGUCCCUGUAAUACUGUAUACUCAGCAUCGUUUUAUCUGGAAGGAUCUGGAAUAAUCUUGAAGGGCAGUCAGAAUUUUUCCCCCUACCUGCUAAUAAAACCCCCCUUUAUUUAUAGUGAAGCAUGAAGUAGUACGGGGCACAGUUAGGGCUUUGUAGAUAGUCUCUAAAAGUCCAGUUACACAUUUGUGAAAACGUGGCUCCAUGAAAUAAGAUGGGAGGCGUGAAGAAGAUGGGGUUGGAGAAAGAGUUAAAAGUUUGAAAUACAGGGAUAUUUUUAGUACAUGAGGUUAUCCAGCACUUCAGAUCCAUAAUUCAGUGCUGUGGAAAUGAAAAAAAUGAUUGAAGAGGUAGAAAGGAAAUGACUUUAAAAAAAAAAAAACGGACCAAAGAGAUCUGAUUAAAAGUUGAAAUCAGUAUUUCUGAACUCAAAUUGCCUGAGUUUCCCAAAUAGUCACUAAAGGAUAUGAUGGAUCCUGAAUUAUCUGGGUGAAUUCUGCUGGUUUUCUGGGUCUUGUCGCAACACGAAGGCUGGGAUGUGUAUUACCAAGUGGGAGUUUUCAGUGUAGAUUCUUGUCAUCCCCGCUCCGGCCCCCUUGGCCUCAUUUGGCUUAAAUGCAGUGUUAGGGAAAGCACCCUAGCGUGCUGAUUCAAGCCUGGCUCCCAGCAGGUGCGCCCUCCUUUCCCUCCAGCCAGAACCCUCUUCCCAUGCGCCCCGCCACCGGCCUUCAGCCCGCCCCCCACCAGGCCCUCCCCCUGCAAGUACCAUGUGCAGAGACACACCACAGUGGGACUUCCAGCCUGUCCCCCUCCCAAGUCACAUUUCCUUACAACCAAGUUUUCUACUCCCAAGUAAGCAGUGAUUACCAGGGAAUACAAACCUGCAAGUUAAAAAACCUACAUUUUCUGAAACCUCAGUUUUACUUAAAUGGUUUGGAGUCAGGGGAUGAUCUUAUUUUUAGAUAAAACAACUCCAUUAUGAAAUAGAAUGUUCAUACACACAGCUUAGAUAAAAUGGGACACUUCGCAGGGAAUUCUUAUUAGCAAGUGAGGUAUGCGCUCCCUCUCCUCUGCCUGUAAUGGUAUUUUGGUGUUCACUCGCGAGAAGUACAGUUGCAACUGGAUCCAAGCAGCUACUCAGGGCCUGGACUUCUAGUUGCCUGUGAAGCAGAACCGAAGGCGCCUGCCCUGGGAGAGACCCCCCCCAUCUCUUCCUGCCUGCCUGCGACCUGUACACCUAUCAGAGAGCUCUCGGGCCAGCUGGUGUGUGUGCGUGCAGGAUGGUUUUGAGGCAAAAAAUAAUACUUACUGUAGGAAUACUAUUUAUGUCAUUGUUCAAUCCUGUGCAUGCUGUAAAAUUAUUUUUUGAGGCCAGGAAGCUACCAGGCGUAUAUGCUUCUGGUUUAAGAUUAUCCUAGUUCACUUAAUAUGGGAUGUUGGGACUAAGAGCACUUUGGGCUGUUAUUUUUAAAAAAAAUUUUUUUUUCUCUCAAACUGGUGGCCAAAUAAUGGCUAAGACAGUUUCGGUGCUUUACCUGUCUGCCUGCCAAGACUGGAGAAUUUGGCAUAUCAUUAAGUACAACCCCGAGCUGUAUCCCACAGAACCACUCAUAAAGAAGGACCAGUGGCCACUCGUAUAAGAGUUUAAAAGCCAGAAGAUGAAGACAACUUUAGGAUCUGGUUGCUAAAUCUGGUUGGAUCUUGUUUGUCUUUCCCCAAUAAUUAUUGCCUAAUCUCCAAAUAGCAGCCUUAUCUUCGCAAUGGACAGACCAUUGGCUCCUCCCUACCAGAUUGUACAUUACUACUUGAAAUCAGUAUUUGGGAAACCCAGGCGUUUAUGCAGUGGAUAUGAACAGAAAUAUAAAAAUACAUGCCAGCUUGUCUCCAUAUAUUAUCAUAUCUCUGUAAUCCUCAAGGAAAGCACUUUUGCUUUUACUUAAGAUUUCAGAUCUGCUUUAUGGGCUCCUGCUGUCUUCAGCACCUGAUAAAACUUUAACCAGGGAAGCAUUAAACAGAGCGCAGCAGCCUCUGCCCAGGCUCCGGAGCCCCCGCCAGCAGCAUUUAUCAGCGUAUGAACUAGGGUGCUUCCUGUGGUGGCACCAGCUUCCCCCAGAGCUGGAGCGUGCUGCUCCGCCUGAAGCCCCAGCAGGGUGAGGCUAACCCCCUGCCAGGUCUGUAAAAGUUAGAGUGCCCAGGAGCAUGUGCCGACUGGCCGCAGGCUCUGGGUUUGCCGAAAUCCCCAGGGAGAAGUCAUCAGGUGCGGCAGGUAAUGAAUGUCUCUGGAAUGAAUUGGGUCCUCACAGCAGUCCCUGGCUGCUUUCCAAAUUUUGGUUCUCUGGAGGCUGAGAGUGGGUCUGUCCUUUGAUUUGAUGUCAUCAAAUCCAGGGCAAUUCCAAGAAGUUCUUGGGCCUCUUAGCUCUGACAGCCCAGGAAGGGAAAUGACCUAUAUUGAGGACCAGCUGAGAGCUAGGCCUUGUACUCGGCCCCUGUUUGUCAGAUGCUAGAACGACGUGGAGAAAUAGAGCCCCUCGCCUUGAAUUACACAGCAAGGAAACGCUGGAGCCAAAUUUUGAACCCAGCUCUCCCUGACUUUGUGCCAGUCCAUGAUCUACAGUCCAGAGGGAGGAAAAGGCUUCAGGUUCCCCCACUGCAAUCUGACCAUCCCGCUUUGUGGAUUCUUUUUCAAAAUUACAUUUCAUGGCUACCGUUUGGGCUCAGAAAUGGCAUCGAGGUAGCCUCACACUUCCACCUUAGCAGGUAUCCGAAGCACACAUUGCUAACUUGAGCCUGCCCCCAGGAGCUGGGGGAGCCUUUCCUUUCUGGUGCCAUCCCCCAUGAAUAAAGUGUUUCUAGGCCUUCAAAGGUAUAGAAGUUCUCAGAGAUAGUAAAAGCGGAGGGUGUUCUCUUAAGUUUCUCUGAAAAUGUCUGGUGCUAUACUCCUGUGGAAAAGGGAAUCUUCGUAUUUGAGCCCAGCCAGCGGUGUGCUCUGUGAGGCUCUUAGUUCAGAGUCCAGCGGAUCUAGACCUCCCCGCCGACAGCUGAGGUGUGUGUGUGCACGUGCACGGUACGCGUGCAUGGACGUAUACACACACGUGCAGUUGAAGAGCUAAGAGGAAUCCAGAGCAGCCUCCUCGUGGUCUUGCACACCCCUGCAGAGGUUCCUGCCACCCCUGAUCACAGGCGUCACCAGGUAGUGAGAGCUUAGGUGCUUGCUCACGAGGUGCUUAUGAGAGGAAUAGCUCCUUGGCGAAGGUUGUCAGCUCGGAGAGCACUGAGCCAGGGUGCAGCCCUGGAGGGAGUUGGCGCUGCAGGCCUGCUCCAGGAUGUCUAACGGUGUGGGAAACCAGAAUGACCCAGGGAGUGUGCUCAGUCCCGUCAGGCCUGAGAGCACAGCUGUGGAGUUGAUGACUUGUGGUGCAAGGCAUAGAUGUCCUCUCUCCCCCCUGGAAAAUACUCUCUUGCCGAUACCUGAAGUUCCGUACUCACAUGAUGGCCACUCAGUACGUGCUUUGUAAUAUGAAAACCACGUUUACUGUGUGCCUAGCACAUCUGGAAUUUUCUGUUCAAAACAAAUCUCAUUAUGGGUGAAGUCAGCCCAGCCUUAGAAAGAAAGCCCCUAUGGCGGGAGUCGAGAUCUCAUUAAUACUGCCUAGACCCAGCAGUGUUCUGAAACCCCCACCCCAGCUCCUUCUAAGACCCAGAGGCCCAGGGGACCUACCUAGUAGAACAGUAGCAUUUGGAACUGAGAACACACCAGAAACAGCAGGACCAUUGCCAGAGCAAGAACAUGAAAACAAAUUAGGACAUUGUGGGUAUACCGGUGCAAAAACCAUGCCACAGAGCCCACGGUGGGCUUGAUAGGACCUUGAGGGGACAGUAGAUUUAAAUUAACGGGAGUCAGACCUGACCUGUCUUUGUACAGUGACAGGCCACACUGCAUGGGUGUGGACAAGCAUCGAAGCCAUUGUCUUCUGCCUGUUUUCCUGUGCACAGUCACAUUCCCUCCUUAGUCACCUUCCCCUUUCACCCUUCACAUUAAACAAGGGAACACUCGAUCUUUCAAGGGAAUUACACAUUUGAGUUAAUGUUUCAGUAUAUCAUUUUCAUACUGUAAAUUAUUUUGUAAGAGAGAUUUACCGCUAUCCCAGGAUGUUUGGACUCAGCGCCCCUGUGCAUUUGGAAAUCAAUAAACUAUUACUGGAAAUACCA